AUGGCGUCUUCCGAGUAUCUCCCUUCCCUUCCUCCCAAAACGUCAAACCUAGCAACAGCUUGGGCGUUUCUGGAGGAAGGACUGGAUACUAUCAUGAAAUCUGACUCGACGAAGGAUGUUCCUACAACAUAUGCGGCGUCGCUUAACGCGGCUGUGUUUAAUUAUCACACGUCGUCAACGGACGAAUUCAAGUCCAGGGGGUCGGGCCUGGCCCAGACGCCGACAUCAGCCUUCUAUGAUAAAGUCGUUAUAUACUUAAAAGUCCGUCUCAAAAAUAUUCGGGAUACCCACAAUAGCCUGCAAGGAGAAGAGCUAUUGAGGUACUAUGGCACCGAAUGGCGACGAUACGAGAUUCGAGUGAGCUACAUGAACCGGCUGGUGUUUCCAUACCUCAAUCGGUAUUGGGUCAAAAGAGAAAGAGACGAGGGAAGAAUAAAGAUCUACCCGAUGUACACCCUUGCUCUGGUACAAUGGAAGGCAAGGGUACUUGACCCGAUCAAUCAGAAAGGUCGGCUAGCCGAUGCACUGUUACUCGCUAUUGAACGAGAGCGAAACGGGCAAGUCACUGACGAGGAGCUUGUCAAAGAUGUCAUCGACUCUUCAUAA